GCCUCCCGGUGUCCCGGUCAACCUUUCACCUACUUUCCCUCUCACACACUGACAGCCGGCGUUUGUGUUGACGGAGGCGACGCUCGUGGGGAAGAGGAACCCAUUGUCACGAUAUCAGAGAGUUGGUGGCCCUUUUAUAUUUGGAGACAUCGUGCUUGAAGGGAACCAUUCAGAAAUGUGGAUGAGUAAAUUUGCACGUCUGGCCCUGCCUGCUCUUCAGAGGAGCACGUCUGCCAUGGCCUGCCAGGCUCUGAGGGCCUGUCGUGGACCAGGGCGGGCUGCAGGUCCACUUCCCUCUUGUCUGACUUCAGUGCAGCUUCGUGGGCAGCACACACUGGGGUCAGCCUCCAUCCCUUUGGCCGGGCACUCAGUGAGGCACGUCCGGGCUCUGGAUGAAGAGAGGAUGAUAGAGGUGGAGUGGGAGGAUGGAGGCCACAGCUUGUACCCAUUCACUUGGCUGAGAGAUAACUGCCAGUGUCCACUGUGUACUUUGGAAUCGGCUCAGGCCCGGAAACUGUUGAUGUCCAAUCUUGAUAUCUACACAGGGGUUGACGUUGUGGAGGUCACCAAUGAUAACAAGGUGUCCGUUGUUUGGCCCGACCAGCACACCAGUGUGUUUGACACAGAGUGGCUCAAGAAACGCUGCUUCUCUCCUGCUGCCAGACAAGCCAUUCAAGAAGAGCUUUUCCUCAACGAGCGUUAUUACUGGGACUCCAAACUGCACAUUCCCACGGCUGACUACCAGGAAGUCCUCCAUGACGAUAAGGCGGCGCUGGCCUGGCUCUUGGCCCUGCGUCGGGUUGGCAUCGUCUACCUGAAGGGGGCUCCGGCAGAGCAAGGCCAAGUGGCGAGACUUGCUGAGAGGAUUGGCUAUCUCAGGCUGACAUUCUAUGGGCACACAUGGCAGGUCCAGGAUAAAUACAUGGCAAACAAUGUGGCCUACACUUCAGGAAGGCUCAGUCUCCAUACAGACUACCCUGCAUUGCACUUUGCACCUGGAGUGCAGUUUCUGCACUGCAUCAACCAGGCUGAGGAGGGAGGGGAGAGCGAGGUGGUGGACGGCUUCCACAUGGCCGAGCUGCUGCAGAGAGAAGACCCAGAGGCCUUCAGGGUGCUCACCUCGCUCCAUGUGGACUUCACCGACACGGGGACGGACUACUGUGACUUCAUGCUGCAGUCCAAGAAGUGCAUCAUCGACGUUAAUGCUGAGGGUCGAGUUCUGAGGAUAAACUACAACAACGCCACCAGAGAUUCGGUGCUGGACGUCCCCCUGCAUCAGGUGCAGCCCUUCUACAGAGCACUGAGGGCCUAUGUGGACAUCAUGAACCGACCAGAGAACGUGGUCACUUACAUCAUGAACCCAGGUGACAUCGUGACCUUUGAUAACUGGCGCCUGCUGCACGGACGGAGGCCGUACAUCAGCAGCCCUGACAGGUUGCGACACCUUGAGGGAGCCUACCUGGACUGGGAUGAAGUCAUGUCUCGCCUCCGGAUACUGCGCAGCUCGGUCCACGGGAACAUUUGAGCUCCACAGCCAAAUUUAAAAAGCUGGAAUCUAAACAGUGCUGGGUGGCUUGACACUGUGAGCUCAGCUAAAUGAUGCUCUUAAAGCGCUGAGGGCGAAGUGCAAAGAUACUGACAUGUCUGACAACAGGUCGAGAGCUCAGUCUCUGACUCUGAAGGAGUCAGGCAUGAAAUCAUGAAUUAAGCAACAAUAAUUUACUUUCCAAUAUCUGUAAACUUUAAAUGAUGACAGAAACUUCUCAAACAUGUAACUUAAAGCAACACUUCAAUGCAAUGAUUAUUAUUAUUCACGACACCUUGCUUUUAAAUUAAAAAGGUGGUUUGUAUUCAGUCAUAGUGACAAAUUUUAUAAGCUUAAAUUUAAUGAAAUGGGUUUUUAUACAUUUCUGAAAAUGCCACAUUGUGUUUAUAUUAUGUAAUGUAUGCGUUUUUAAAGCUGGUUCAUUAUUCUCAGUUCUUGACCUGGCUGCUUGAGAUGACUCCCUGUUGACUGUCUAACAGCUAUAAUCACGUCUGACAUUUGGUUUGAUGAUAUCUGAUGGCAUUAGAGCUCACUGCAGUGUAUAGUGAAGUGUUGAGUGUGUGUAUAUAGAGAGCAGUGAACAUGGGAGUGAUUUCACACAGAGCCCUCAUGUCAAAGUUUCUUCUUCUUAUCUCCUACUACACUACUGUGCUACCUCUGCUGUUCAACCCUGUGCCUCCUGCCUACACACAGUGUGGUGUCCUUGACUCUUCCUUCAUUCUGUAGAAUUCUGUUCGCAGUCUGAAUUAAAAAUGGCCUUAAAGCUGCAGUGCAGUAGCUGCGCUAGAACAAGUGUGAAGUAUCUGUUAAUUUAAAGGGUCAGUUGAACCAAAUUACAAAGACGCGUCUGCUUCUCUGCUUGACACAAAGUUUGGGAUUCAGUCGCUGCCCACUGAAAACCAGAUCAACUGAGGGAGCCCAUUAAACCAGCUACAGUCCACACUGAGGGAAAAGACUGUAAGUUGUGUUGAUGUUUGGGUGCACCACAGCGACCUAAGGUUUAUCGGAGCUACUCUUGGUAUUAGGUCCACACACACUGAGGAUGUUUCCAUGCACUAAAUAUUCAGUUUCAGCAUAUCCCAUGUCUGAAUGUGGAAUAUCUGAAUUUAUAAUGCUGUUUACAUGACCUGUAUCAAUUUUGGAAUAUUAUCAUAUUCGGACUUAUAGUGGAAAAUUAAUGUGCAUGUAAACACACUCACUGUGGCAGAAAAAAACAUUUUCACUUCCUGUGGUCGAUUUCUGAAAAUAUCUGUCUAAAACACAAAGGUAGGCGAAUUACCUACAGACGAUUAAUGUCAGACAUGACCCCUCAAACUAGGCUUCAUUUAAACUUACCCACAGCUGGUGCGUCUCAGUGCUGAGUCAUGCUGCCUGGGUCCAAAUGUUUGCAUCCGCCUGCUACACUGAGCUGAGUCAUUAGUUUGGCACCAUGACGAUCCAAUGGACCGCGCGGGGGACUAACGCCAUCAAGCAGUGAGACGGGACGCAUCAGUUUGGACUUAACUCUUUGAAACCUGAGCACACUGGCUUGAUUUCAUUUAAAAACAUUGUAAGAAGGCAACGAGCAACCAAAGAAGAAAUGAACCAAUAAAAUAGCAAGAAAGUAGGAAAAAGAAAAAAUUAAAAACAAGAACAUUUGUUAAAAAAAAAAAAAGUUCACAACAAACAAGAAGACAAGGAAAUUAAAAUAAUCUAAUUAUAAUAAUUAUUUAUUAGUUUUUCUCUAGCUUUUUUCUUUUUUCCCCCCUAUUUUUUUGUUUUUAAAUUUUUUUUAAUCUUUUUUUUUCCCUUUUCUGCAAUUUAAGGGACAUGAGAGGCAUGAAGACUAUGAGCAACAAAAGUGGGAAUGACCGGGAAAAAAAAGGCAAGAAAUUCGUAAAAAGAGAAAAUUAAAAUCGAAAAAAUAUAGUUUUCCCUUAGCUUUUUAAAAUAAUUUUCUAAAUCUACUAUUUUUUUUUUUGCAAUUUGUGGAACAUCUCUUAUCAAGUUGUUUGUUGCAGUUUUCCCAUAUUUUUUAAAAGGAAUUGCACAAAUUAGCUCAGCGUUUAAGGUUUAAAGAUUCACAAAAAGCGUCUGAAAGCAGCACAAGAAAAAAAAAGGUGAUGUCCCUCCAGGUUUCAAAGGGUCAAAAUGAUGUAAGAUUCAGACGGAUACAUUGGUAUAAAAUGCCUGAAAGUGGACGAUUAAGUGGACGUAAUGUGAGACUGAAGAUGGAAACGGAGUGUAACAAGUUGGCAGUUCCGUCUGAAAUGCAGUCAUUGAAAAGAAGUAUCCUAACGUUCGUCAUUUUCAGCGGACAGUGACAAAACAUUUUUGGAACUCCUGCAAACACCUGAAUAUUAUCAAUGGUGCACAAAGAAUUGAAAAAUCACACUCCAAAAACUAAACAGCGACUCAUCUUUUCAUAAAUGACGCUCAGAUUAUCUGGAUGAUCCACAGAUCUCACUACUACUACCAAACAAAAAAAGUUCCUGGUAAAACUAUU